AUGUUACCCGCUGCCGGCGCCGACGGCCGUGGUUCCUAUCGCUCUCAGCGUCCCGUCUCGGACAAGGAGGAACUCGCAAGGGCCGCGCUUCGCUCUCUAGCCGAUCCCUCUACAGCACCACCAGCACCUCUUCCUCCUCCGGGCAACGAUGCGGCUGCUGCACCGCCCGCCUUUCCGGCAACGCGCCUUCCACCCCCGCUACCGUCUCAAUCCCUUGCAACACAACAAGCUUCUUCUUCCGCAACCUCGUCUGCACUGUCACAACCCGAUCCAGCAUUCCGUUCGUCUCACGAUGACUACCGCCGUCCACCUCGUUCCCAAUAUUCGGACCACGGCGUGCCUCUUCCUUCCGCAUCGCACCACAUGCUGCGACACGCCAGCCUAGGAGACGAACUCAUCCAACGCAAUCCCAGCUCUUCCUCCUCUCCCUCGUCCUUCUUCAACGACCAACAAAUAUCCGCUUCUCCCGACUCUUCCCCGCGCCUCGAAGCGGCGCCAAUUCAAAUGCCCAGGCACACCCAUCUCCGACACAGCAUCCCUGCCUCUACACAACCCUCGGCCUCGGCUCAUCUGCACGAAGUCGCCCUUCGCCGCGCUUCCAUCGCCAUGGGCGUCGACAUCGAACAAGUUAGAGACAUUGUCCAUCACGCCAUGGACGCGCCCCACGCACGCGAGCCCCACUUUGUUCGCCAGGUCUUGGACGCCUACCGACUCGAGUCGGAUCGCGCGUCCCAACCACUCGUCGUGCGCGAAUCGUGGCAAGCCGAGCCACCUCGUUCAAACGCUCGCAAUCACGUUGCCUAUCCUUCGAGAUACGCAGACCCUGGCCCAGCCUCUCGCUCCGCCUAUCCUGCCUAUCACGACCUCGCUCGCGGCGAUUCCGUAGCGUCCGGCUCGGCGAGCGCAUCCAUGAUGCCCAUCUCCGAACACCGUCCGGAAUCACCUUCGCCCUUUGCCUACGACGCGCAUCCAAGAUCAUCCCAACCCUCUUCAGACAUGGCCGCCCCGGCUGCAAGCUACUCGGUCCACCGACCCAGCCAUGCGCAUCUCGACGAAGCCUCUCGCCACCACCGCGCCUUUGAAGAUGAGCGCUUCACCACGCACCGCUCGCGCUACCCGGCAUACCCCCAUCAUCCGCCUCCUCUGCCUCUGCCGCAAACUCGCGCUCCCGAACGCAGAGUCAGGUCUAUCGACGACUAUCUCGAUGCGCCUCCCCAGCUCUACCCACGUCGUCACCAACGUCGCGGCUCCAUGGCAGACUACAACGGCCGCACCGCCGUGCUCACCGCCGUGCUCACCUCCGAAUACGACGACGAGCGCUAUCGAGAUAGGCUCGCCCGGCCCAACGUUCGCCACUCCUUCCAUCCGUACGCCUCGCCCUCCAGCCGUUACCUCGGCGCUUCCGCAGACGCGAUCGGCAUCUCGCCCCAACUUUCCCCCACCAUGGGCGAUGCGCCGCGCCCGUAUCCGAUUCAUGACCACCGCUCGCCACUUCUGCGCUCGCCCGCUGGUGAAUCUUCUACUUCGGUGGCCGGAUCGGUGGCAGCUCUCACACCAUCUCCGCUUCUCGGCGUCCCCGUCGGUACGCCAGACGAUCGCAAGCGCAGCCUCGAUGGUCAUGCCGAUGCACCCACCUCGCUCCGCAGCGCGUCGGAAGAUACGGCGGCCGAGUCUACGCGAGCCGGCGUGGCCCGACUGCAGAUCGACGAUUCCGGCUCAAAGCCGCUUCUCAAGUCGUCUUCGGCGCGCACAUCGCGCUCCUCGCUCGCAUCCCAUUCGUCCGCAGAGCGCCAGGUGCCCGGCACGGAUCUGUCGCAUUCGCAGAUCAUGCAGAAGCUUCAGAACAAGGUCAAGGGCAGACUCGCCGCAAAGAAGAAGGCCGCCGCCGAGAGCGCCGCAGCGUUCAGGCCUGGUGGGCACAAGGCUGCAAAGCCAAAGCGCGACGCAAAGCCCAGCGGUGCCAAGCAAGACGUCUCUGCAGAAGACACGGUCAAGGCAGAAGCUUCAAAGAGCGACAAGGUGUCUAGGGCCGGAUCGACCAAGCGGACCGCUUCCAGCAUCAGCACGUCCGACCGCGCCUCGUCCCCGCAGCCCAGCCGCCCCAGCGUCGAGAGCAGCAGCGCUGCCACCGCCGAUACCUCGGCCACGCCGAGUGGCAACGGCAUGCCCGCGCCCAAGGUGCGUCGCACCUCGGCCUCGAGCCAGCAAAAGCCAUCGACGCCGCAGCCGCCUCGCCAGCCGAUUGCAGCGCAGUUGUCGCCCCGACCGGCCUCCACCAAGCCCGAAUGGCUCCCGGACAAGGACCAGGACAAGACACCACCGGCUUCGAUCGAAGAGGCGCUGCAGGCGCUCGACUCUAAGACGGCGUCCAAGUCGCCCGCGCCCAAGUCUCCGGCGUCCAAGUCUCCGGCGCCCACCUCGGCUUCGCCCCCGGGCAAAAACUUGUCGCCUCCCACCUCGAUCUCGGCUGCGCUGCUCUCGCCUACCGAUUCGCCCACGCCCACCGAGGCGGCAGCCAUGCAUGCUCGGCGCAUGUCCAGAUCGCCCCUGCCUCCCGGUGCGGAUGGCGCGGCGACCGUCGAGACGUCGUCCGGCCAAGCACUCCCCGGCGAGCUGCCCGGUGCGGGUCAGAUGAACGCAUCUUCGGCCACCAAACAGCAGACCUCCAAGGCGGGCAUCGAUUCGCUCAUCCAGUCGGCUCAGGCCAACGAUCCCACCGAAACCAACUCGGCCAUUGCCUAG